AUGGAUGCCCUUGAGUUUAUCAAAGCUCAACUUCGGACUCUUCCGAUCGUUCCAACGAGGGAAAACUGCACAGGGGGCACCUACAUUGUCACCGGCUCCAACAGCGGCAUCGGCCUUGAAGCCGUCAAGCACCUCGUCGCUCUCGGCGCGAGUCGUGUCAUCAUCGCAGUCAGGUCCGUCCAGAAGGGAGAGGCUGCGAAGCGCGAGAUCGAGAAGACAACCGGUAUCACAGGAGUCGCCGACGUGUGGCAGCUGGACAUGGCCUCCAUCGCUUCCAUCAGGGCCUUUGCUGAGAGAGCCAAGAGAGACCUGGCAAGGAUCGAUGCCCUCGUCGAGAACGCGACGGCUGCUCUCGAUUCGUGGACAGUCUCCGAGGGAAUGGAGACAUCCGUCAUGGUCAAUGUCGUCGGCACCGCUCUGCUCACCUUGCUUCUCAUGCCCAAGAUGAAGGAAAGCGCCAAGGCCACCCAAACCGCUCCUCACAUUGUCGUUGUCACCUCUGGCCUCGCUUUCUCCCACCCGGAUGUGCUGAGACUCGUGGACGAUGAUGUCUUCGACGCGUUAAACGAGGAAGGAAGGUCAGAUAUUAGAGUCAGAUAUGCUGUAUCGAAGCUCGUCCAGAUUUUCGCGAUACGCCAGUUGGCCUCUCUCGCUCCAGUGUCUCAGACGGGGGUUGUUGUCAACCUCCUCAGCCCUGGACUUUGCAACACGGGCUUAGCCAAACACGCGCGCUUGUUCUUCCGAAUUCAGGUUCGCCUCUUGAACUUGGCGCUCGGGAGAACCCCAGAGAUGGGUAGUCGUACCAUCUUGCAUGCGCUUGCGGCCGGCACCGCCAGCCAUGGCGAGUACAUCUCCGAUUGCGAGAUCAAGGACCAUUGGGUGCCGGAAUGGUCCAAAGACUCUAGCGGUCAGAGGUAUCAGAAGCAGAUAUGGGAUCAACUUGUCGCGAGGCUGGAGAAGAUUGAGCCGGGUCUGGUUCAAAGAGCUCUUUCAACUUGA